GUGACCUGUGUCUUGAUAGGAGCGAGUGUGAGACGGAGCUGAGUUCCUGUCGGUGUGAAACACGGAUUGCAACCUGAAAUGCAAAUUUGGAAAUAAGAUUUUGCAUUCGUUGGGGUAAAACUGAAAAAUCCCACGGGAUACUGAUACGAGCAAGAUGAAACUCAUUUGUCAGAACUGCAAUGUGCAGUAUGAGAAAAUAAAGGAUUUGAAGAGUCAUGUCCGGAGUUACAAGCAUAAACAGGAAGUGGCGAAACUUUUUCAGACAGCUGUACAUAAGGGACCAGUUUACUUUCCUAUGUUUAUUUUCCUGGAUUAUUUGAGAAACCCUAACCAGACUGAUCCCAUUAUUGGUUUUGACAUGGUGACCAUGUUUAUUACUCCGGAAAAAAUCGGUGCCUUGUACCUGUGCCACGUGUGUGAGAAGGCCUUAAGUACUGCUGAUGUUGUAGAGCAUCUCUGCUCUGGUCAGCAUUACUUCAAUUACUUUGCCUCCACAAAUCCAGAGUUCCUGCGAUUUGCUUGGCUCAGUGAUGCCUUUUCUUAUCUGCAGUCUCAUGCUACAAAAGAAUACAACAACAAGGGUCCUGGUAGCCUACGGGUUUACGAUCUGGCCAAGAUGGUAAUGAGGAAGUGCAAAAAACUUCACUAUCAUCAAGUCAUGGCAGUGUUAUCGAAAACAGACAAGCUAAUGGAACAUAUCCAAGCUGGUAUACCCCGGAGAAAAUCCAUUCAGGAGUACAUCACUGACCCUGCCAGAGCUAAUCCACUGUUGGGCUUGAACCUAUUUAUUGAGUACUCUUGUCCAAACAACAAGGGAUACUGUGGAUACCUUUGUAUUGUGUGCAAGAAGAAUAUUUCAGCCAAUCAAAGCAUCUCUCAUUGCAUCAGCUUUGAUCAUAUUUACUGGUAUCUGAAAGCUGCUCAUCCAACCACACUUGUUUCUCCCAAGAGCAGUUACAGCAAUUACUCCACUAAAUUCCAAAAGGAGAUUCUUAAUCUGGCCAAGCAGGCACAAACCGUCUGCCCAUCAACAGAAGUACAGACUGUACAUGUGGAUCUGGAAUGUUUUAAAGUCGUUAAGACCUCAAGUUUUGCAAACGCUCUGGAAAAGCUCAAGGGAAUAGUGAAAGAAAAAAAUCUGAGUGAACUGAAUGUUAGUGUUACACCAGGAAAACGGAUCAUGUUCGCUCCAGAGGAUCAUGAGUCACCUGCUAGCACAGCGACCACUGAAACUUUAGCAAAGCAACCGGAAGAGAAAGUACAAAAGGGUCCUGCCACUCAAACUAAAGAUGACCCUCCAUGCAAAGUCAUGUGUGUAGAAUGUGAUAAGACGUUAGACUUUAUAAUAAACUACAAGGGACAUAUUAAAGGAAAGCAACACAAACAGAAACUCACAGAGCUGUUUGGACCAGGCCAGUACAGUGGAGCCAUUCCUCAGAUUAAACUGUACCAGUAUAUGUGGAACCGCCAUGGCAAGCAGUCGUCUCGCCCGGUCAUAGGCCUGUCACUGAUCACUGUGUUUAUACACAGGCAAAGUGUAGAUAUUAAUGUACCAUUCUACAUUUGCCAUGCUUGUGAGCUUAACAUCCCUGUCUCCUCCGCAUCUAUUCACCUUACAUCCACUCAGCACUACUUCAACGUCUUUUCAUACUCCAAACCAGACUUUGUUUUUCUUGGAUCCUGGAAUUUGGACCAUUUUGCACAAGAAGAAGAACGGCGUCAGGGAAAGCGGAAUAUGGUCCUGCAUGUGUGUGAACUUCCACGCCAGCUGUUUACAGAUCUCAGGAUCCUGGCCUAUGACAAAAUCAUGGAAAAAAUUGGGAUACACUUCGCAAAGUUGAAAAAAUCUAUUCAAGUUGAGAAGCGUGUGACAGUGCAGACAUACUCUAAAAGUUGUGAAAGGAAGUCUCCACUGCUUGGUUUGCAGUUUGUGGUGAAAUGUACUACAUCCAAUAAUCAUUACUCCAGAUGCAUUUACAUGUGCUUGCUGUGUGAAAAGAUGCUUCCAGAAAGGCAUGCCAUUGCCCAUCUUUUAAGUUUUCCUCAUAUUUUCGCUUAUCUUGAUGUGGCCCAUCAUGGUUCCUUGAGCAAAGAGGAUUCUGAGCAGAAGGCUCUUGUCAUGGACUUGGCGCAGCAGGCAGAGAAAAUCAAUCCUAAUACAAGUUUGCGGGAAGUGGACCUAAGCUUUGGAACAUUUAAUGAAAUUGAGAAAAACUCCUUCAAGGCUGCUGUGAAUGUGCUGCAAGUGGCUUUUAGAAAUAAAGGACUGGGAGAACUCAAGCCUCCAGCUGUUCCUGGAGCAAAAUUAAUCUCCAGUUUUGAGAAAAACAAGGAGAGUAACUCUUCAGAGUGUAAAAAACAAGGGCAAACCUCAUUAGACAUGGAGAAAUUAAACACUGAUGAAGCCAACACUAAUGCGACCAUGCCCAAAACUGAAGAAAAAGGGAGUUCGGAAUGUCCUGAUCUUUUGCAUACAAAACACGAAGAACUUCAGAAAACCACAUGUGUACCCUCAACGCACAUACAGCCUGCUGAACCAUCGUUAGCACCGGCACAAUCCGACUGGCCACCUUCAGAGUCGUCAAUUCCAUCGUUAGACACACUCAAGUCUGAGCCCCUGAACUUGGACCAGAAGUCUUUGAGUCAACAAGAACUUCCUGACCGCAUCUCUACGCAGGAUCCUCCAACUGUACAACAACCUCAACCUCAAGACUCAGAUGUACCUGAACAGCAGAAUGCAAAGCUGGUACAAAAACCUGUUGAGCUGGUGGAGGCUUUGCAGAAAGCAGCAGAGACAGAGACCCCAGUAGUUCCUCAGACUCAAUCCUCGACUUGUACUGAACUCAGGAGCUACCUGAAGAUGCCCAACAGACCACCUGUAAUAGGAUCUCUGAUUUGUCUGAAGCCUUCUACAGUAGCUGGACAGGCUUGGACCUUGUUCUACACCCAAGGACAGGCUUGGACCCCGUUAUCUUCUUUGGAGACACCCCUGCUUAACCUGACAGAGCUUGAGAGGAUCUGCUGUGAAGAGUAGAAGGUCCAGUGUGCCAAGCUUGAAGUGGCAGAAUACAGAAGACUUGAGCCUGGAAACCUCUGCAAUUUACUACUAUACACUCAGGGUCGACAUUAAUAGGAACACCUGUUUAAUUACGCAGUUAGCUCAUCAUGAUUGUAAAGAUUGCUUAUUUGAAUUACUCAAACCAGUUGAUCGCAACAAGGCCUUUCCCUGCAGCUCACAGUUUGUUGUAUUGCACCAUUCUGUGUAAGCUCUAGAAACGGUUUUGUGAAGAUCAAUUUUCUGAAAUGCUCAAGGCAGCCAUUCUAGCACCAUCAGCGAUGUCAUGGUUUAAAUCACAUAGAUCACACCUUUUACCUAUCCUUUAUGUUGAUUUUAUGCAUUGUACUGCUGCCAUAUGAUUGGCUGUCUGGAUAACUGCAUAGAUGAGCAGGUGUUCCUAAAAAGGUUGACAGUGAGUGUAUGUUGCUAGUAAUAAUGGAAUAUUUUUUGCAGCUUAAUGGGGAAAAAUUGUGUUUUAGUUUUAAAGCUGGUUUAAGACUGUAAACAAGCUACAUUUGGGGCCAGAGGGGGGAAAAAGAUAACUGUAACAAAUUAAAUCACCCCAAACAUCUGG